CCAACAGUACUGCCUUCAAAAUCGAAUUCCCAAGCCUGCAAAUUUGCCUUCGUCCUUACGGUCUUGGUCAACCUAGUCCAGAUCAAAUAUCAAGGUCAAACCGAUUCUCCUUUCGAAAUCCACCCGAAAACCAUGUUUUUGUUCAUUGUCGCGCUGCUGCUUUACUAUUGUAUUCCAUCAUCCCCUCAUGCCCCCAAACACGCAACUUCGGAUAUAUACUUUGACGAGUUUGGUGCUAUGAGCAAAGUAAUCUGCGCUUCCCUUUGCUUGGCAUCUCUUUUAUCACUUCUCCUACCCGAAUCUCUUUCUCCGCUUGUAUUUUCACUAUCCAUCGUUUUCUCACUUGGUCAAAUAUUGUUUUCCCGAUCUCAUCUUCUUCAAUCUAUCUGUGACUUGUUUCCUAAGCUACCAAUUUAUAUCGUGGGAAAAUUCCAACAUCGAUCAAUGCGCCAUGACACACGAAGAGGAA